AAUUGUAACAGCUACCCCCAGCGAACAAGACGGAACACUGAAAAUGCGUGUCUACAAUAGGACUUUGGUUUUAAUCGCAGCGUUGAUAAUCGCCGUAUCUGUCCAAGGCAAAAUAAUCGAAUUACCAGAAAACUACAGUCGUACUUCACCAUGGACCGAGCUGAUCGAACUAGGUGUGGUAAAAUACACUGAAACGGAUUGUGUCCGCACCUGCGUUGCCGGGGAAUUACCGCGAGUGUGUCUUUUCACAUUCACUUUGGAGUUCUACGCAGCAAUGGGGACAGCCUGCGGGAAUUGUUCUGAUGGUGUUCUGGAGGAUUGUUACCGACCGCAGUGUAUUCCAGCUGAUGGAAUUCAGCGAGGGUUGAUGUCCAUCAACCGCCAACUCCCCGGAGCCCCGAUCAACGUCUGCAAAAAUGAUCUGAUCGUAGUCAACGUAAAAAACCAAAUGGCCGGCGAAGAAGUCACCAUCCACUGGCACGGCUUUCGGCAAAAGCACAGUCAGUGGAUGGACGGGGUUCCUUAUGUAACCCAGUGUCCCUUCGGAGGCGAGAGUUUCAGAUACAUAUUUCCAGCAGAGGAGGCAGGCACGUAUUUCUAUCACAGCCACUCAGGCACACAAAGAACCAACGGGAUUUAUGGUGCGUUAGUUGUCCAUGCAAUAAAAUCCGAAGAGCCCUGGUCGGAAGACCUCUACGACUAUGAUUAUGUGAAUCACACAAUAGUGUUUUCUGAUUGGAUGCACGAAAACGCAGAAAUGUUUCUUCCCGGUCUGCCGAGCAGACAGCCAGGCGUCAGACCUACCACUAUUUUACUCAACGGAUUCGGAAGAUACUAUGACGCCGGGACGGACUCAGACCCCGUCAACGUUUCAUUUCCUUUGGCAACUUUUCAUGUCCAGAAGGACUUGCGAUACAGGUUUCGCAUCAUCAACGCCAACAAUCACGUCUGCCCGGUUAUACUUCAGAUACAAAAUCACUCUUUAACAUUGAUAGCCACCGACGGCAUGCCGAUUGAACCGCGCACAGUCGAUUCCAUCGUACACUAUCCUGGUGAACGAUUCGACUUUGUCCCAGUACCAUCUGUAAACGUCACGGCACAAGAUGCGUUCUGGAUACACGUUCGCGCUUUAGGGACAUGCGCAGCUGAUGAAAUAUAUCAGUACGGCGUUCUCUCGUAUGGCACAAGUGGCGAUGAAUUAGGAAUUCUGCCGACGCGGAGUCGACCAACCAUAACGAAUCCUUUGCCGACGGGGAUAGUCCUUAAUGAACCAAACACAACAUGUGGGCAAGAUGCAAGCCGCCUUUGCAUCACUGAUCUAAUAUCCAUCGGAUACGAUGAUGCCGAUGAAGUUAAAAGGAUUUUGAUGACAAAGCCAGACGUCAGGUUGUUCAUCCCGUUUGGUUUUCAUCAAUUUGACGUCGAUACGUUCCACGAAGAUGAAAUUUACCAUUCAUUCAUGAAUCUCGGAGGUGGCGGCAUUCAAUCGGCAUGGAUGAACAACAUAUCUUUCAAUUUUCCGGACAGUCCAAUUCUAUCGUCGUACAAUUCUUCCAGGUCUCAAAACAGCUACUGCAACCAAGACAACUUGCCAGCCAAAUGUCUGGGGAACGAUGAUAAUGCCACGUCCACUCCUUACUGCGAAUGUACCCAAGUUAUAGUUCUGCCAGAGAAUGGCAUCAUUCAGCUGAUUCUUAUCGACAACGCCGAAAUCGCUGGUCUCAAUCAUCCGAUACAUUUGCACGGCUUUUCUUUCUACGUGGUACAUAUGCAACAAAACUUGACGAGACACCAAAUGUAUACUGUAAGUGAAGCGAAAGAAUAUGUCAGUGUAUGGGAGUUGGAAAAUUCCGACAAAGCUUCGUCGACGAAUAACACUAUGCCACCACUAAAAGACACCAUAAGCGUGCCCAGCGGUGGAAUGGCCAUCGUGCAAUUCAAAGCUGACAAUCCUGGAUCUUGGUUGAUGCAUUGUCACUUUGAAUGGCAUAUGGCCGUGGGCAUGACGAUGGUCUUCAGAGUCGAGGGAACGAUUCCUUCAGCGCCUCCAGGCUUUCCGAAAUGCGGCAAUUUUGAUCCGUUGGAAGAACGCACCACAGCUGUAGUUCAUCCGAAUAAAUACGUAAUUGACCAGCCAAAAAUUCGAAGUUCAACUGCUCCUAACUUUGAUAAGGUGAGUAGUGUCGAAGCAAAGAAAAAACCACACGGACAGUAGCAUUCUGAAGUACCAGACGACAGAU